UGUCACGUGUGUACCUAUACCGCACCAGGUACCCACGCACCCACGUGGAAAUAAUGAGUGCCAGAAAUAAAAGCUAGAGCUAGAGAGAUGUUCUGUAGAGGUUUCAGCAGUAUAGAGGGUCUCACACGGCAUGGUGUACGAAAGAUAAGCACUAGUCUGAGAAGGCCAGGAGAGAGAUGUAUGAAUAAAGUGCAACUACUCGGAAGAAUUGGAACUGACCCAAAAAUGCACGGCACAGAACGAACUAUGGUUUCAUUCCCGCUUGCUACGCACUACUAUUUUAAAGUCUCAAAUGAAGACGGGUCAACAACCGAGAAAUCAAGAACAAACUGGCACUUGAUCAAUGUCAGACAACCAAGUACUCAACAGUAUGUAAUGAAGUAUGUGAAGAAAGGAUCUCGAGUGUUUGUAGGUGGGAGAAUUGAGUAUUUACGUUCUCAAGACGAGCAAGGACACACUAAAGAUCUUGCAGUAGUUAUUUCUGAUGAAGUUAUACUUUUAGCUACUCCUAGGACAGCAGCAGAGAAAGAGGAACAAUUAAAGGAGGACAAUAAUCAAGCAAGGGAAGACUUUGAUGCAGUGGAUGAAAUUUAGUUGAGCUUCAUAUAAUUAUUGUUGACAUUUAA